AACUUAACUAAAAUGAAUAAAAUCAAGAAGAUAUUAUAUAAGUAUAAGGAUUUAUAUAUUUUUGGGGUUUAAAUACUGAAUUAUCUUUAUAUCCUUCAAACAACGAAGAAAUAAUAAUCCCAUAAAAAAUAUAAACAUAAACUUAAUUUAUUUAAAUUUCCUCAGGAGGAAAUUUUUGUGCAGCAAUAAGUACUGAUAAGUGUCUUUAUACAUGGGGAUUUAAUAAAAAUUAUAGAAAUGGAUAAUCAGAAUAAGUUAGUUUGCCUUAAAAAAUUUCAAAUUUAUAAAAUAUUAUUUCUGUAUCAUGUGGUAAUUGGCAUACUCUUGCAAUUAAUUCCGAUUUCUAAGUAUUUAUUUACAUUAUUUUUUAUAAAAAAAUAAAAUAAAAAAAAAGCUUUAUGUCGUAGGACAUAAUAAAUACGGAGCAUGUGGAUUAGAAAAAUAGGAUGAAAUUAAUUCAUUUACAUUAAAUACUAGUAUUUAAGACACAAAGAUAACUCAAAUAAGUGCCGGAGAUGGCUUUUCAUUAUUUUUAGAUGAUAAAAAAUAAAUAAGUUCAUGUGGUUUUCGAUUAAGGCAUGGAAAUAUGGAAAACAAACAUUAAUUUAAAAUUCAAAGAAUAGAAGUUCUCUAAAAUAUACCUAUAAAAUAUAUAAAUGCUGGCUUUUCUCAUGCUGCUUGCAUAUAAGAUUAAACAGGGGAAGUUUUUACAUGGGGAAAUGGAUUUUUUUAUUAAUUAGGUCAUGGUAGUAAGUAAAGCUUGAAAACAGCUAAAAAAAUAAAAGGAUUAAAUAGAAUAAAAAAUAUUUCAUGCUCAAGAGGAGAAAAGUAUUGUCAUACAAUUUGUGUUAAUGAGGAUAAUGAAGUAUUUAGUUGGGGAAGUGGAUAUAAAGGAAAAUUAGGUCAUUAUAAAGAAUGGACUCAUGAAAAUCAAAAUGAUGAAAAAAUACCGAAAAAAAUUGUUAAUUUUAAAACUAACGGAGCUGAUUUAGCAGUUGCAGGAGGUAUUCAUUCUGGUAUCUUAGGUUUAGAUAAAAAUUUGUAUACUUUUGGUUGUGGUUCAAAUGGUAGAUUAGGACAUAAAAAAUAUUAAAAUUAUGUUUAUUUAUAUAGAGAAGGUAUCCCAAAAGCUAUUCAAGGUAUUAAAGGAAAAAAUUGCUUUGAUAUAGCUUCUAGUUAUUAUUAUAUGAUUGCUUUAUGUAAAGAAUGAAUAUCGUGUAUUUUUUUAUUUAUUUUGUAUUAAAUAAAAUACUAAUUAUUAGUAAUAGU